AUGCGACUUUUCCUAUCAGCGGGAACUACUCGCCGUGUGCGCAUCGUCUUGCUCCGAGCAACUCAUCUGCCAUUUGUUAGUCUGAUCUGGAUCUAUGAGGCUUGUCGACACUUUUUGCACCGACAGAACAGUCGAUUCAACCCACGGUCUAUGGCUCACAAUCGUAAUUCUUCGAGGGAGCCGAGUGCCUCCAGGUGCCAGGACCCACACCACCCUUCCGUGGGCGAAGCGCAUCGUCUAGGCCCAGGAAAGGACCGACUUAAUACGGAUCAGCAUACCGCGCGUGAAUCCAUAGAACAAGCUGGCCGAGUACAGCUUGAGGAUAUGGUUGCCGCAGUGGAACGGCUGCGAGCCCAAGUGGAGCGGAUGGAAACGACAAUCGCGGUACAGCAACGAGACUGA